UCGAUAGUUAAGUAGUGAUAUCGAUCGAGAAUUAGUCAAUCUAAUAUUUAGUUACAAAUUUGGAUUCGCAUUUUUUGGUUUGCUCGAUUUUGCUUCGUUCAAAGUAUAUUAAUGUCUACAGUUGCUGCCAUGGAUGCUGGGAAAAAGAAGAGUAAUCUCUCGUUGGCAAUCGAUUGUAACGUUAAUAAGCCAGAUCCCAUUGCCAAGAUCGAUUGCUGCGUAGACAUUGAAGGCAAGAUGAGCUCCCUGGAGGAUAGAAAGAAGAUGAUGAAAGCUGUUGAGGUCGACAUCAAGAAAAUGGCCGAUGAAGCCAAACAGCUGCGUUGGAAAGACGCCAAGAUGAUGCUGGAAAAUCUUUGGAAAUACAACAUGCUGGAAGUGGAUGAGAGCGCCGGCGCCGUCAUCACGUCAACUCAACAUCACCAUUAAAAGACAACUUCUACUUUUUUCCUACUGUCGGAUCGAGAGGAGGAGGAAUGGAUUACAGGCAGCAGGAAGUCAUCAGCCGGGCGAAAUCGUUGCGCCAGCGCUUCGCCGACAGCCGGAGUGGCACUUCCUCUUCCAUCUCGACGUCGCCGCUGAUUACAACUAGAUGGCAGUCGCAUCAUCACCACCAAUUUUUACAGGAAGGAUCGCCCACCGCCGGAAGCGAUGCCCUGGCUUCGGCUUCGUUAAAACCGCAAUUCUCUGAUGUGCCUACGCCGGCCGGAAGCAAGAGUCCUUCGCCAUCCAGGACUUCAAUCAAGUCCAACGAGAAGCGUCCGUCUUCCGUUUCUUGGAUGGUCACGAACCCGCGAGGCCACUGUAGCAGGCCGGGCACGCCGACGGCCGGAUAUCCAUUAGACUCUUGCGCCAUCUCGUCUGCAGUUGCGGCGGCGGCUUCUUUGGUGGCCGCCACAGCUUCUUCCGGCGCCCAACAGGUCCGCCAAAUGUCAGACGAUUUCGCCGCCGACCUCGUCGUCGAGCCUUCCUACCUCUACAGCGGCAGUAAAGUGAAUCUGAACCGACGAGGAGUGCUGACCAGCUUCAAGUCGAAAUCGUUGGACUUGCUGGGCACUUCCAGGAUCCUUCCGCCUCAUCAACUUCAUCACCAUCACGACAGACACCGGACGGAUGAGAACUCGCCCGGGAGGGACGCUGCGGCCGAGCGCCGCCGUCGGCUCUUCCGCCGCAAAAAAGCCAAUUCGGCCUCGUGCUCCUACGACGAAUCGCCUUCCGGCUCUCAGCAAUCACGCAGCAGCUCGGUGGAGAGCAACCAGUCGGCCCAACACGCCAUCCAGCGCGGGCUGGAAGCGGCCCUGAAGACGUCGACCCUCUUCGCUUGGAGCUCGGUCGAAGCCUCAUCGGCGAAUCAACAUCUACUCCAGCAGACCAAUCAGCCGUCUUUCGUCGAACCAGACGGCCCGGCAACGACAACAAUGGAUCGGCGGCUAAGUCCGUCGGCCAAGUCUUCGUCGCCGAUAUUAAGCCGGCCAGAAAAUAGUGGCCCCAGUGGUUGUCCGCGCAGUGCCAGCACCAGUCCAAACUCCAAUCGACGGAUUAAUGUGACGACGACGACGACUCCCUCUACGCUUCCGCCCGCCUCCAUUUCCGGACUGACUUUGAGCCCGCUCCUGGGCAGCACUCUGAUGGGAGGUCCCCGGGUGACGGCCAGACGCUCGUGGUCGCCGCAACACCAGUCCAGUUUGGAAGUGCCGACGCCUCGUCAGACCCAAUCGGCCAGAAAUUCAUUGGCCGCGACCGGCUGCUCCGUCCGCCAACAAAACAGCAUCGAGAGUCCGGCUGCGUCGUCGUCGUCGUCCAUUUCACGGCUGUCGCGUCUGUGUCGUCGCUCACCUGUCCGGACGUUGCAGCCUGCGGGCGGAUCUGGCUUGGCGGGUGCUGGAUGUCCGUCUAGUAGCGGGCGGAGUAGCAUCAGUCAAGACUGGAUCUCUUUCCCUACACGCCAGAUGUCAGAGUAUCCGUCGGAUUUCGGAUCGUUCGUCGGCGAGUCGUUCCUCGUCGUCGACGGGAUCGAGAAUUCCCGCCACCUCCAACAGCAUCACCACUACCACCACCACCACCAACAGCAUCACUCGGCGCAAGGAUCGCUCCUCUUGCAGCAUCACUUGCGUUCCGAGAGCAUCUCACCCGAACCCGCCUCUUUGAGGCUGGUCGAGCCAUCCAGUAGCGGACUCGCCUACCUGGAGAGAGUAUUGGAAGAUCAGCUGAAAUCCGGGCCGGAGAUGACGAGGAUCGAGCACUUGAGCGACCUGCACUAUCCAGACGCCGAUCCGCCCUGUCACUUUUGCAGCAAUCAGUCCAGCCUGUCUAUCCACGACAGCAAUCGGCUCAAAAUAGUCUCCGGAGGGAGAGUUCGAGGACGUGACGGGAGCCGAGAAUCGAUCAACCCACCUUACAUCAAUUUGCCAUCACCCAACGUCCAAGAUGAUGAACACGAAUUGUUUCCUGGACAGUCCCUUUCUGGCAACUGCCAUCACCAGCCGCCGGACGGCAGUGGUAGCAUGGCCGGGAGUAUCGGGAGUGGCUGCCGGCGCUCGAUGACAACCACGGCUGCAGAUGAUGAGGAAACGGAGCCGCCCGCCUCGGUCCUCACCCGUCGCCGGGCCCUCGUCCCACCCAAAAUCCCUCCUUACAACAUGGACAGCAGCGAGGACACGGAGCAGAGCGCUGACAAAGAAACAUCCACCAGUUGCACGGAGAACGACGGCAAUUGCAGCGGCAGCGUGGGCGGUGGCUCGUGCGGUUCCGGAAGUUCUGGCAAUUCACGAACGCAGCAGCGACGCAGCUCCUUCGUCGUCAUUCCGCCCAUGCAGAUCUGCCCGGGAGAUUUGCUCGUCUACAGCAAAGUGCUCACUCAGCGCAACAGCGUCCUCGAUUGGGAAGGAUCGACGCAGAGCCUAGCAGGAGAUACCGAUGCUGCUUCCAACGCCGCCCGCAAACAGAAAAACAGCUGGUCCUUGCUCAAAUUGUUUGACAGGUCAGGCCGGACUAAAUCGGAGAGUUUGUCGGGCCUGGAGGAAGUAUUGACCUGCAUGCAGCCGUCCAACUUUUUCGACGAUCAGCUGUCACGCUACCGAGGCCUCUGCUGGAUGGAUUUCCUAGCCAGCGUCCAGCAGCAGAGAUCAUUCAGCAAAGCCACCAAAUCGACGCUGACUUCGACGACAGAGGAGGCGGCCACGUCGCCCGUCACCGGAAGGGCUCCCAUCAUUCAAUUUCCGAGCGCCACGCCAACGAUCCAGCCCACACGUAAUGUCUUGGUACGCCAGGCCACUCAUCAGGACUACUCGUCCAGAAUCAAGGAGUGGACCCAAGAGAAAAAGGCCCGCUUCGGAUUGGUGCGGACGAUGAGCGAGCGCUGCCUCGACCGCAAAUCAGUGAUUCAAGAGGUCCUUCCGGUCGAGGAGAUUUCGCAGGCGGCGGAAGAAAGCGACGUCGACAUCCCCGCAGCCGCCAAUAUCGGCGAAAUUACUUUCCCCCCUUUCGAGCAGCCGCAGCCGCAGCAGCCAACGCCUUGUCCGCCCACUUCCGGCCCGAAAUGCGAACUGAGAGGCAGAGAGGCACUUUGGGAUCUCUUCCAGAGCGAGUGCGCCUUCCUCUACGACCACAUUAUGGUCCUCAAAAACGUAUACAUGGACCCGCUCAAAAAGAUCCAGGUGGAAGGAUACGCCAUGUUCGCCGAGCCGGAAUUGCUUUUUGGCAAUUUGGACGAGCUGUGUUGUGUGACGUAUAGCUUCUGCAAAGAGUUUAUCAGUUUAUUGUUGCAUCACGCCCAGGCAGGUGGAGGUGACACGAAAACGACGCACAUUCUCACCAAACUCUUCCAAAAGAGUUCUAAAGCUCACGUUCUGUCGCAAGCCUAUCAUCGAUACGCCCUGAAUUAUAUCAACGCCUUGAAUUACCUGGAAACUCUUCGGAGACACAUGGAAUUUUGCGAGUUUGAAAAAUGGUGCAAUAGAGAUCCACGGUGCAAGAAAUUACAGCUGACAGAUCUGUUGGUGGCGCCCGUCCAGCACAUCAUGAAAGUGCCGUUGCUGCUGCGGGAAAUCGAAUCGCGGACGGAAGACGUAAUAGAAAAGGAGGCCGUUCUCAAGAUCCUGGACAAGGAGGAAGCUAGUCUGAGGGAGUUGGACGACAAGAUGAAAUGGCUCAAGAAUUUCGAGCGCUUGCUGGAGAUCCAGCGCAGUCUGGUCUGGCCCAGCGUCUUGGACAUUGAACCCAAAGUCGUCGUUCCCGAAUUUCUCAAGGCACCGCUGGCCAAACAGCCGUGCGAAAGGCUGAUCGUCUCCCCUAGACGCCAAAUCGUGCUGGAAGGCCCGCUCAGUUUACUGGACACGGGACGGCCCAUCGAUAUGCACGUCAUCCUCUUCGAUGACAUGCUGCUCAUCACUCGCAAGAAGAAAGGCCUCGGCAAAAAGAAAUCUUCGCUGAGCGAGAACUGGACAGCUCCGUGCAGCAGUCGCAGCUGUCUGCCCACAGACCCGGCCGGUUGUUGGCGCUACAUUGUUUAUAAGCAGCCGCUGUCGCUGGACCGUUUCUUCCUGCACGAGAUCAACGUUCACGAAGCGGCGGCGGCCAAAUUAGAUAACGGCUUUGUCAUCAUCAGUCUCAAUCGCUUCCAGCAGAUUAUCGGCGUCCACACGUUCCAGGCCAGCUCCGAUCAAGUCAAGCAAACGUGGCUGUUGAAGAUCCGGGAAACUCAGGACCACUGGAAGCGGACAUUGCAGACGACCGUUUUCCGAGCUCAAGGAAGGACGUUGUCCCAGUCACCGUCAACAAUUCCAACGCACGCAGCAGUGUCGCCCAAUGCAGCGGCGCCGGCCAAAAGUUGAAAAAAGACAUUCACACACACCUUCUUCUAGCUAAUUCUUCUUGUCGUUCUUCUCCAAUUAUCUGAAACACCCCCCCGGCUUCUUCCGUCAUCACUCAAAUCAAUGGAUUCAUCACCGUUAUACUCUACAUAUAUACAUAUAUAUAUUAUAUAUACUACUACACUUGAAUGUGAUUCUAUUGGAGAAUAAGGGGGAUCUUGCGGGAACUUGCUUAGUUGUCUAAUUGAUAAAUGUUUGUUUGUGUCUGUCUUUCGUUCCGUCAAUCUCUCUACUGUUUCUUUCAGAAAACAAACACACAAAAAAAAAUAACCAAUUGGUUUAUUCUCUUGUCUCCUCUUUCACCUGAUCGUUCCAUUGAAAAAUAAUAAGAAGAAAAAAUCAAUAUUCAAAUCCAUCGGAAACGUCUCCCCCCCAGAUUCUCAUGAUUUGCGUUGACCGUUUAAAUUCUGGUUCUCGUUUGAUUUAUUAUUUGCCCAUUUCUUCUUUCUUUGUUUCUCUGUUUAUAAAUAUAAAUAUAUUAUAAAGAUAUUCUGUUCGACUAUUAUACCAGUUUAUCUUGCACAAAAUAUAUAUAUCGUGCCAUACAUAAUUCGUCGACAAUA